AUUCAGAUCAGCAGAGAGAUUGGCUCUGGUAUGCGUGAGUUCGCCAACACCAUGGGAUCGCUAAACAUAGUGAUCCGGAUCUCGAACGCCCUGCGAUUGGGUUCGUUCGAUCCGGAACGCGGGUCACCGGCAAAUGCAGCGUUUCCGGUGACUUUGGAAGAUCCUCCAGCAUAUGCAUCAUGUUUUGGAGUUUGCAUGGCAACCUGCAAGCUUUCGGUCAACGAUGAUGCCUAUGCUUGUACCCAUGGUUGCGCUAGCUCUAUCAAAUUCAAGGUCGCCACAUCAUCAGUUUCCGAUACUGAGAAGUAUGUGAAUGAUUAUGUGGAUGCUUGUUAUCAGAGUUGCUCUAAUAAUUGUAGACAUGUGGAUUAAUAUCUAACUAUAUAAUAAUGGGGUACCAUCAUGGUCAUCCAAAUACAAAAUAU